AUGCGCGCAAAGGAACAAACACCGGCGGAAGCAGCGGGGGCGGACAAGGACGUGGCUCGGGCGGUGGUGGAAGAGGAGGCGGUCGAGGAGGUGGACGAGGAGGGCGCACUGGGGAACGUGGCGGGCGUGGGGCAACCACUUCAACCACGGGUGGGCUCCCUCCGUGCCAGUAUGUCAUUCGCUAAGGCCCUAACAAAGGUCAGACCUGCAACCAGACCACCCAUCCCACUGAUACGUGUUUCAAAGCUCUCACCGACGAAUGGCUUGCACGCGGCAACACGGGCCCUCCUCCACGCUGGAGCACCAUCACCCCUCGCCCCACCCCUCAUGACAUUCGCACCCUUCCCGCCUAUGCACCAUCUCCCCCCAACCUCCAUAAUGUCCUCGCCCAACACCUCUCCCCUCACGUCCUCCAGCAAGUCCAACACCUCCUCCCCACACCCACCACCACCCCAACACCUCCCAUCCUCACCACACCCACCCUCGCACCUCAAACCCCUCCCUCCCCCUAUCCUCCUCUCUCCCCUUAUCCUCCUCCUUACUGGCCCUACCCUCCCUACCCCCCAUCUCUGUAUGGCCAUGGGACAGCUGCAACUGCUGCACCUGCUGAACUACCCACCUCCCCCUCUCACCCCCCCGGCUUCACACCACUUCCCCCCCCUCCCUCCUCGCCCUCACCGGUACUCCCCUCCCCCCCCGCUUCAGCCCCCUCACUCCAGAUCCACUGCGCAACCGCUCCGCGCUCCUGACUGCACCACCACGCAGCCGAGCAGCAGCAUUUCCAUGCCUCAAAUUCGACCUCCAGCGCAGCUGUCUUGCAUCUUCACCACCCCCUCUACCUCCUCCUCUCUCUCCUCUCCUCUAUGA